UGAUGAUUUGCGCAUGCAACCACAGCAACCAACCGUGUCAGUUAUUAGUUCUCCACUAUUGUUCCUUCUUGACUGUGUUGUAAAAUGAACGCCACAAAGAGCAGAUCAUUGAUUCGGUCUCUAGCCGCUGCAUCUACUUCCUCAGUCGCAGCGCUGACCGUAUAUGACAGCAGUGGCAAGGGAACACAUAAUUAUCCCACCAAUGUUCCCACUACCGCAAUCUCUGGUCCACUUUCUUUCGGUGGAUUGUCUGUGAUGAGGGGUGUUACAACAUGUUGCGAGGCACCACAAAAAUCGCCCAUGGAAACUACAGGUCGUCCUUCUUGGCUUCGCCGUACAUUGGCAUCCCUUCGACUAUCGUCUCUACCCAUUCCCCGCCUGAUUGUCCCGGGCGAUCCCGCCUUUGUCAUGGAUCCUCGGCUCUUACAAAAGCGCCAAGACGAUGAGAUCCAAAUGCAAGAACUGGUUCGAACUGCCAUUGCAUCCCGGGAGCACCGCAAGAAUCCCAAAGCGCUCCAAGAGCUCAAUGAUAAGUGUUUGGAGCUUGCGUACGGGGAAGGUGUCACCAUGAAGAUUCGACAGGAUUUUAUUCAUAGACACGGAUGUACAGGAUGGACCGAUGACGUGUUGGAUGCCAUCAUUGAGUUGGGCAAGGAUCGAGGCGUGGUAGAAAUUGGAGCAGGCAAUGGUCAAUGGGCCAGAGCCAUCAUGGAUCGAUCCACAUCAACAAUCCACAACAACAGCAACAAUAAUGACACUCGACGGAAAAAGAAGUUUGAUCUCGUCUUGGCAUUCGAUGACCGAAGCGAAUUGCCAUUGGAUCAACAAGUCUUUAACAAAAAGACUCAGAUACAUCGGGAUUACUUUUACGAUAAAGUCAAAAAGUGCGAUGCCAACUUCUCCAAUACACUGCGACACUGGGAAUGCCGGGGGCGAGUACUGCUGCUGGUGUACCCACCACCAGGGGACAUGGCCAUUAACGCUGUAGAACAGUACGUAUCCGCGGCACCCAUCAACGACACGGUAAUCUACGUGGGAGAGGGAAGGGGAGGAGCCAAUGCAAACGAGGCACUCUUUGAUCAGUUGGAAAGUGGAGACUGGAUUUUGAUGAGAGUCAUGAAGGUGAAGAGCUUUGGGUCCAAAGGAUAUGAGCAACUGUACAUUCUCAAACGGAGGAAUCCUCAAUCUUAGCUAUUGGCUUGCUACCGCUUGACGAAGAUACCUAGCUUCAUGAUGAGAUGACUGACUACGGGUAGGAAUGCUACAAAGCUUACCGAACCGAUGUGGGCGGCCAUCAUGUACAAGGAGGCUCUUUGCUUUUUCAGGCUUUGGGCAUCCGGGCGCCGUCAGAAGAGCUUUCAGCAUAGGCGUAAUCGUUUCUCGACAGUGUUCAACAUGGACAACACAACACAACACAACAAAAAAGACAACACUGUUUUGCUGCUAACGUACGGGCAGGUCUACCUGACCUACUUAUUUAGUCUGACAGAGAGAAGUGAGCCACUCUCCACUCACCAACAACAGAUAGCUUUUGUUCCUCCCUUCUGCUGCGUCGGUUCUUCAUCCGUCCCGAUGAUACCGUACAGUACUGGUAGUAGGUUCCUUUUUGUAUUAUACCCUACCGGUACGGUUUUAGCAAAGAGCACUUGUAUCAUACGUCAAUUUCCCUUUUCCUGGCCCAUUCAGAAGUCAGAGAUUGGAGAUCGUCCCGAGUACAUGAUGUAUUGAAGGGUCCAAGCAGUCCGAAUAACCCUGCUUAGCCGGUGUAAGACUAGUGACUCAGAAA